AUGGACACUGAGGAUGGCCACCAAUUCAUAAAGCAACUCGCCUACUUUGUGCGAACCCACGAAAAGGCCCUGGCCAACGCGCUGCAAUUGCAGAGGCGCGGAUCCCAGAAUGUCACCUCUCCUGUUUCGGUCACGGCCAUGAGCCCUUCUACCGCUUCCUCGGCAUUGUCGUCUACCUCAUCGGCCAGCACUUUUGCUGCCGCCCUAUCGCUCCCCUAUCUCAGCUUCACCUCGCAGACAGUCAAGCCCGUCAAGUUGACCCUGACUCCACACCACCUCUUCUACCUACUGUCUCGCUUCGAGGAACUUGGUAUCAAUGUGGGGCCCAUGACAAUUCGUCUUGAAAACAUACACAACGAUGUCGCCCCUGGAAACUAUGUCUCGUUCCUCUCGGCCCCAAAAUCGCGCGGUCGUGCCUCGGACGCCGACUCGGUUCGGUCCUCCUCGAGCGUACGGAGUGUCAUGUCUACCAUGUCGAGUAUGUGGUCACACUUCAAUCUUAGCGGACAGUCGAACAAGGAGGAAAAGCAAAAGGCGGCCGAGCUGGAAGAUUUGAAAUAUUUGUAUUCGGCAUUCACAAAGAUACCCUGUCUGCGACUCUCCCCAGACCACCGCUCCAAAUUGAUUGCGGGAUUCGAGGAGUUUCCCUUUGACACUGCAGUCCCGUUGUUCGCGUUCAAGAAUGUGAGCGCUCUGGAGAUAUGCGAUCUGGACUUUCGACAACUCUUCGGCUGGGACCGUCUGGCCGAGCAACUCCGCAGUCUCACAAUCAAGCGCGCUAGCAUUGACGAUCUGGCUGAUCUCACUAUCAAUAUUGUCUUGGAUGACAUGGACAAGCGCCGUCGCAGGUCGUCAAAGGCGCCUAUACCCUCAUCUCCAGCUGUAGUAUGGCCGUCGGCGAACAAUAGCGUCAGAAAUGCCGCUGACUUGGCAUCUGCUUCGCCCUCAGCUGUGAAUAUGGCGCGAACAGCAUCUUCCGAUGGGAAGAAGACACCUCGUCUACGACAAAGGAGCAUCUCACCAUCAAGACCCGUCAGCUCUCGGCAUAAUUCAUCAUAUGGCCAUGGACAUCAUCCACGAAGCGGCACGCCCAAGUUCAGGCGUGAAUCUGGCAGUUCAGGUUCAAGCAUUCAUUCAAGCACACCACGGAAUAGUACAUCGAACCUCCUGGCAUUGGGCAUUGUCCCUGCGUCCAAGUGGCGCUUCCUGCGUCACCUCAGUCUUGCUGAGAACGGCUUGACUUUUAUCACAACCCACAGUCUUGCGCCGCUGGCUCAGACGUUGCAUUCGCUCGACCUCUCAGCAAACCUCUUCACAGAGAUUCCGGAGAGUCUUGCCUCCUUGACUAAUCUGAGAGCGCUCAAUCUUUCCAACUGCAUGAUUGACAGCCUGCACUCUCUUCUUCGCAACCCGCUUCCUGCUAUUACUACUUUGAACCUCAGAUCGAACCGGCUCGUCUCACUUGCUGGCAUUGAGCGACUGUUCUCCCUCGAACGAGUAGAUUUGCGCGACAACAAGUUGACGGAUCCCACGGAGCUAGCACGAUUGACAAGGAUGCCCGAGAUGCAAGAUAUCUAUGUGGCAAAGAACCCUUUCGUUCGCACACAUCCAAACUACAGAGUCACCAUCUUCAACCUCUUCCGGGCAACGCCAGGCUACACCGAAGAUGUCAAGAUUGAUUCUACGGGUCCGUCCUACAGCGAGCGAAGGCAGUUGGUUGACCGCGCACCAGAACCACCACAAGCUCCGGUAGCAGCUCCAGUCAUUGAAGAUGAGCGAUCGGAUGAUGCUUUGAACAUGCCUAACUUAGGCGAACGAUCACGACAAGCAGCUGCAGACUACAGCCAAGGAUCAACAAGGUCAAUUGGCGAUUACUCGACUGCAUCACAAAGGAAGAAGAAGGGCUCUCGAAGGAGAAUAGUCGAACUGUCACAUGAGAUGGGCUCUGAGUCCACUCAAGCUGAUGCACCGCCUUCACCACGUACAGCCCCUAAAGCACAGCUGUCAUCGGAAGAACAACAACGAUAUGUACGGGCGACUUCAUCACCUCCCCGAUUGCCGCCACUAGAUACUGGAGCAUCGAGUAUGUCUAUAGAAGGAUUCGAACCAUCAGCCGAGGAGGACGAGGACAUUGGUGUCAACAGCGAGGCAUAUCGACACAAGAUUGAGACUUUGAAGAGCGACCUCGGCAAUGGCUGGUUGACAGCGUUGAGCGAAGACAUGAAGAAUGGUACCGAAAGAGAGUACAGCGGCAGACCGUCACUGGGAAGCCAAAGGACGGAUAGUCGGGAAGUGACGGUUGGAGGCAGGAGGCUGGGGUGA